GGGGCCUAUGGGCACCCUCCCUGCCCAUCACUGAGGUUGGUGGCUGGUUUCCUGACCUCAAUCAUCCAAUUGCUCUUACCUUACUUCUCAAACAGCUCACUGGCUUCAUGAUGCUCCCCACUGAGCUCUCCUGCCUCCUGGGGCUGCUGGUUACGGCAGGCCUUGUCUGGAACAUCUACCCCACACCGGAACAGAGCUUCCAUGACCUGCCACCAGUCACCUGGGAUGCCGUGGAGCAAUUCAAAGCCUUUCAGAUCCAGUAUAACAAGAGCUACCCAGACCCAGCAGAACAAGAGCAUCGCUUAGGGAUCUUUGCCAACAACCUGGCCUGGGCCUGGCAGCUGACUGAGGAGCACGGGGGCAUGGCCCAGUUUGGGGUGACCCAGUUCAGUGACCUCACAGAGGAGGAGUUUCGCCAGCUUUACCGACCGUCUGGGCCCAGCCGCUCAGAUCCCAGGCUGAAGACAGGAGGGCACCCAAGACUGCAGAGACUGCAGACUCGUUCCUGUGACUGGAGGAAGGCAGGAGUCCUGAACCCUGCGAGAGAUCAGAAAAAUUGCAAAAGCUGUUGGGCCAUUUCAGCUGUGGACAACAUCGAAGCCCUGUGGGCCAUGCAGUACCGUCAGAAUUUUGUGCUUUCUGUGCAAGAGGUGCUGGACUGUUACCGCUGUGGACAAGGCUGUGAGGGUGGCUACGUUUGGGAUGCCUUUCUAACUAUCCUCAACCAAAGUGGCCUGGCCACGGAGAGGGAUUACCCCUACAGGGCCCAGCUCUCCCGCAAUGGCUGCCAAAAGAAAAAGAAACAGGCCUGGAUCCAGGACUUCUUAAUGCUGCCCAAGAAGGAGAACUACAUGGCUCAGUAUUUGGCAGAAAAGGGACCCAUCACGGUGACCAUCAACGUGAGACUCUUACAGAAUUACAUUAAAGGGGUGAUCAAACCGACGCACGAUUGUGACCCCCACCAAGUGGACCACUGCGUGUUGCUCGUGGGCUUCGGCCACAUCCACAACUUUACCUACUGGAUCCUAAAAAACUCCUGGGGCAGCAGCUGGGGAGAAAAGGGCUAUUUCCGGCUGUAUCGAGGGAGUAACGCCUGCGGCAUCACGAAGUACCCAGUCACUGCAGUGGUGGGCAACCAAGCCCCCCGGACUCGCUGCCCCAGAUAA